GUGGAGAGUGGGGCUCAGUGUGACCAGGCAGAGGCCAGUGUUGCAAGCAGGCAGGCAGUGGAGAGAGUGUUGAGCCACAAAUACGUGCCCAGGGUGGAUAAAUCAUGCUCACCAAGUGGGAGAAAGAUUCUGCCCAGGACACAAGAUGAAGGUGGAGAGGAAACCCUCCUCUGAAGACAACACUUUCGCCGACAUUCCUCCACUGCUGAAGCUCUUUGGCCUCCUCUUCUUUGUCCUCUCAGGUGAGGUCUCAGGGGUGAAUGUCACCAGCCAAACCCAGGUGGUGAGGGGCACAGUUGGCAAAGAAGCCCUUUUGUCAGUCAGCUACUCGAGCAGCAGCACCGACAAGCCUGUGGUUAAGUGGCAGCUAAAGAAGGACAAAGUGAAACCGAUCACCGUCGUGCAGUCCAUAGGGACAGACAUCAUUGGGAACCUGAGGCCCGAGUAUCGCAACCGCAUCCUGGUGUUUGAGAAUGGCUCGCUGCUGCUUCACAACCUGCAGCUGUCAGAUGAAGGGGUGUACGAAGUGGAAAUCUCCAUCACAGAUGACACCUUCACUGGAGAGCACUACAUCGAGCUCACAGUGGAUGUUCCUGUAUCCAAACCUUACAUCCAGAUGAUGGCCUCUUCUGUCCUGGAGUACAGCGAGUACUUCAACCUCCACUGUUCCCACAAUAAUGGCACAAAGCCCGUCUACAGUUGGCUGAAAGGAGGCAAGGUGCUGACAAAUGACUCACGCCUGCUGCUUUCACAUGACCAAAAGGUGCUGACCAUCUCACGCGUUCUGAUGUCAGAUGAUGACAUUUACACCUGCACAGUGGAGAACCCCAUCAGCAAUAUGAAGAGCGUUCCAGUCAGGCUCACUGUCUACAGACGGAGCUCGCUAUACAUCAUCCUGUCCACUGGGGGCAUAUUCCUCCUGAUCACCCUGGUGACAGUGUGUGCCUGCUGGAAACCUUCCAAAAAGAAGCAUAGACCUGUCCCCCAAAGAGCUCCUAUGUAUGUGGAGCAAAGUGAAAAUGGUCAUGAUGUUGAUCUUGUACCCAAACCAUCUACACUUGGUCGAAGGAGUCCCAUGCCUCUUUACGUUCUCAAUGAAGAUGAGACCCUGGAGCGACUGGAAGAAUGUUCUGGCAAUGCUAUGAGCCAAUCAGAAGCAAGUCUCCCUGCUACCUACGCUUCAGUCCCUCUCCCUUCCUCUCAGAGAACUGAUCGGCCAAUAUGGUCCACCCCACGCAGAUACCCUCGCAGCUCCUCUCCGCUGGCACAACAACUUCCCCAACCUCUUUCACAGCCUCUUCCAGGUCCCCCCCAGCGCUCCGUCCGCUCCCCAGCUCACUCCCCGGGAUCAUCUCCACGCAGUUUCAGUCCAGUAAGAAAGGUCCGUCCUCCGGUGGGCAUCCCAACCAGUCACCUACCUGUAGAGGCAGAAAGUGCAGACAGCAGCGAUCAGACAUCACAGCACUGACAGCUACUCCUGUUGUGUGACAUAUAUGUAUAGUUUGUUGGUUGUUUUCUGCCAUGAGAAUAAUGGAUUUGAUGCACUAGGGUAAGAGAUGAGUUCACUUUCAGCUAACUUUCUGUCUUCCAUUAUUUAUCAUCUAUUUCUCUGUGGAUAUGCACACUAUUUCUGCGGUUCUUUGAAGAUAUCCUCUCAGAGGAAAAGUUGUAUCCUGUUCACCAGCAUGUAGUAUAUCAUGUAUAUGAUGCUGACACUAAAGAACUUCUGGAUCUGAUAUAUAUUUUGCUCCUUGUUGAGUUAUGAAUAUUACUGAGAAGUUUUGAUAUGUGCCUGUACAGUUUGGUUUGUUGUUUUUCUUUUAGGCAGUUAAAACCACACAAUGUAUCCUUAUGCCACAUCUGGUCACUAUGUA